AUGGCACAGGCUCUCACAGGUGCCAUCGCCCUGCUCAGCGGUAUGCAGAUCGGCAGCAGCACCAUCCGGGUGCGCCUGGCGAAGGCUGAGGACCGUGAGCUCUACACCGGCUGCCUCUACUCGCUCUCCACUGCAGUGAGUGCCGUGUGUCCGCCGGAGAGCAUGAGGCCAGCAAUGGAGUCCGAGUGGAUGGGCACGAGCCACGACGCCUAUCAUGGCUGGGAGGAGCCUGAGUACGAGAGCUGGAAGCAGCCACAAAUGAGCUGA